GAGAAGGGGGCGCAUAUCAUGGAGGCAAACUACGAGACGCAGAGGUACGCGGGUGCCAAAGUGAAGCUCAUGUCGCCAGCACAGCUCAAAGACAUGUUUCCCUGGAUCAACACGGACGGGGUGGCGCUGGCCUCGUACGGGCUGGAGAACGAGGGCUGGUUUGACCCCUGGACACUCCUGAGCGCACUCAAGCGGAAAGCUCUGUCAAUGGGUGUCGAACAGUGCUUAGGGGACGUCAGGGGCUUCAACUAUGGAGUUCAAUCAGUAGAGAACAGAGAGUUGGGCCAGAUCCAACUCAGAAGGAUCACACACACAAACAUCCAGAUGCCAAACAGCCUAGAAGUGGUGCCAGUGGAGAGCACCCUUGUUGUCAACGCAGCAGGUGCCAACUCGGGCAAAGUGGCCCAAAUGGUGGGCAUCGGCCUUGGCUCUCAAACUGCUAUCUCGGGCAUCUCCAUACCCGUGGAGCCCAGGAAAAGGUACAUCUACGUGGUGCACUCUCCAGACGGGCCAGGUUUGGACACCCCUUUCUUGGUGGACUACUCAGGUGUGUACCUCAGACGAGAGGGCCUGGGAGGGAACUACAUCACUGGCCUGUCUCCUGAGGAGAGCGAGGAGCCGGACAUCACAAACCUGGACGUGGACCACGACUUCUUCCAGGACAAGAUCUGGCCCCAGCUAGCCCACCGAAUCCCUGCCCUGGAGAGCCUGAAGGUGACAAGUGCCUGGGCUGGCUUCUAUGACUACAACACCUUCGACCAGAACGGCUUGCUCGGAAUCCACCCUCUGGUGCGAAACAUGUACUUUGCCUGUGGCUUCAGUGGCCACGGGCUGCAGCAGUCGCCUGCCGUAGGCCGAGCCGUGGCCGAGCUGGUUCUGGACGGAGGCUACAAAACGCUGGACCUCAGCGCUCUGGACAUCAAGAGGAUUCUUCAUGACGAGAGGCUGCUGGAGAGGAACAUUGUAUGAGGAGGGGCACGUGUGUGUGUUGUAUAUUUUUUAAUGUAAUAGUUUCCCUUUUGAAAUGAUUUUAAUUUUAUCUGUGAUGAUGAAUUACACAUGAACAAGCCAGUUGCCGUUUGUUGUUCACAUUACUUUACAGUGGCAAUAAAAAGGAACUAUUCUGUUACCAUCAUAAAUUUAGUGUCCUAGUAUGCGUGUGUCUGUGUGUCUUACAUACAGUACUUUUGUCAGUAGGUUCAUCGAUCAAUAUUUAUUGUCAACUUCCGUAUUGUUCAGACAUAUAUGCAUAGUAUCUUAUUGUCCUCUUUUGCUCUCUGAUCUACUUCAUAGAGACAGAGUUCUGAAAUAGGUUGGCUACAGUACAUGUAGUGAGACAACACAGAC